AUGGAUGAAUCUCUGUCGACCUGUGAUUCCCUGAAUAGUCCAAAAGUAGAAUACAUAGAUAAUAAUGAAAUAGCAGCAGUUGAUUCCAUCGAGAGAAUGACAUCCAACACGCUCUACAUCUCGGAACGCGUUGAAGUGGUAGAGAACAUAUGCAAGCGAGAAAUACUUGCAGCCAUGGACUCUGAUGAUAUGAUUGUCGAUGUUGAUGGCAAUCUAAAUGACCCGCAAUUAUGUGCAACCAUUGCUUGUGAUAUUUACAAUAACCAUCAAGCAUCUGGGGUUAAAAUUCUAUUUUUCCAUUUGGAUAUUUGUUGA